AUGAUUACGAAUCUCGUGCUUCUGGCCCUCCCGUUGGUUGUCACUUACCUGGCCGCGACGGUAUGGCACCGCCGAUUCAAACAGUUCGCCAACUUCCCUCAGCUCAAGCCCUCCCUCCUGUGGGGCCACUUGAAACUCAUCCAUGAAUACACCCUGAAGGGACCACCGGAUGUUCACUAUGAUCCGGUCUUCGCGACAAUGGCCAAGGAACUGGGGAACCCGCCCGUCAUGUUUCUCGACCUGCGCCCUGCCAGCUACCCCAUGGUGUUGGUGAACAGCCACGAGGUCGCUGAGCAGGUAACGCGGGUGAGCAAGAUGUUCGCCUGGAGCACACCAAAAUCUCCCACAAUGGGCGCCCUGAAAGAGGACUGGAAACAGCUCCGCAAGCGCUUCAACCCCGGCUUCGCGCCGCAGCAUCUCAUGACACUGCUCCCCUGCAUCAUCGACAAGACGGACAUCUUCAUGGAGCACCUGGACCGGCUGGCCAGCUCGGGCGAGGAGUUCUCGAUGCUGAAGCACACCAUCAACCUCACCUUCGACAUCAUCGGCGCCAUCACCAUGGACGUCGACUUCGACGCCCAAAAGAGCGAGUCGUCGAGCCAGGGUGAGUUCAUCCGCCUCUACGACGAGCUGCUCAAGAUGUACGGCCAGGAGGACAGCCGCUUCCCCUGGUGGAUGUCGCCCAUGCGCGAGUGGCGCCGCUACACGCUCAGCAACCAAAUCGACCGCCUCCUCGAGACCAUGAUCCGCGCCAAGCACGCCGAGCACAACCACCACCAGCAGCAGCAGCACACCACCACCACCAAGACCAAAAAACCCCGCGACGUGCUCAGCCUCAGCCUCCAAGGCAGCGACACACUGGACCGGGCCCUACUCACCGAAACGCGCGACCAGAUCAAGACGUUCCUGUUCGCGGGCCACGACACGACGGGCAUCCUGCUGGCGUGGCUGUUCUACGAGUUCUCGCGGUCGCCGCACGUGCUGCAGGCGGUGCGCGACGAGCUGGACGAGCUGUUCGGGCCGGACGCAAGCCCUGCCGCCGUGCGCGCCCGCCUGUUGGCCCCCGGCGGCGAGGAGCUGAUCAAUCGGAUGCGGUAUGCCACGGCGGUGGUGAAGGAGGUGUUGCGCGUGUAUCCGCCUGCCGGGACGGCGCGCAUGGCGCCGCCGGGGACGGGGUUCACCGUUACGGCGGAGGGGAAGAGUUAUUGUUUGGAUGGGGCGAUUAUUUAUAAUUGUGCGACCAUCAUCCAGCGGGAUAGGGCGGUGUUUGGGGAGACGGCGGAUGACUUUGUGCCGGAGCGGUGGUUGGGGGAUAAGGCGGGGAUCAUGAGCGCCGGGGCGGAUGAGGAGUCGGAGAAGCGGGAUGAGGCCGGCCGCAAGUUCCCGCCGGGAGCAUGGCGGCCGUUUGAGCGUGGUCCGCGCAACUGCAUCGGGCAGGAUCUUGCGACCAUCGAGGCCCGGGUGAUUGUGGCGGCUGUGGCGAGGCGGUACGACUUUGUGAAGGUUGGGCUCGGGGAGCUUGACCUGAACGAGAAGGGGCAGCCGGUCAUGAACGACAAGGGACAGUACAAGGUUAAGGCGGAGAUGUACAAUACGGCACAGGUGACGGCCAAACCGGUCGAUGCGAUGCGGAUGAAGGACAGUGCUUAUAGCGCAUAUGUGGACCCCCAAACCAUCUUCUCGCGCAGCUGGCCUUGUCGAGUAGCACAAAGCUUCCGGGAUCAGAUCAACUGA